AUGCAAAAAAGAUAUGUUUCUAGCAGCAUUGCUGACAAUGAAGGAGAUUAUGGAGAUAGUCGUCAAGCUCAGCCAAACAUUGCCCAAGAAACCGCUUCAAUAGCAGAAAGAACCCUCUCAUUACUGACUGUAGCAGAUGAGCUUCCCAUCUUGACAAACAGUGACAACAGACUGCAAGAUUUGGCAGAAGACGGCGACGGACGGUUAACUCCCUUUGCACGCCAAGUUAGUCCCCGGUGCCGAUAUGAACAACCGUCGAAUAUCGGCAGCGACGAGCCAGCAGCAACGCCAUCGAGAGUUCAGGGAUUAACAGGAUUCAUACAUGAGAACUAUUGGAGGCAGGGAUAUUGCGAGCAGUGUCUCGGCUAAUGAAAUUUUGUUUCACUGACCAGCUGGCUCAACAGUACAACUUUUAUGGAAAGAGAUCGAACAAAAAGCCUUUCUGCCAACUGCGCCUGCGAGAUUGUAUCGUGGAAGGAGUUGUCACCACUACAUCUGGGUCUACAGCUAAAGACGUAGAAGAUUCCAUUAAAAUUUGGCUAAAACAUGCCCCCGAAAGAUUGAAGAAGAUUAAUAAACAACAAUAAACAUGGCAGAGAAAAUAAAAUAUUCGAGAAAAGCCAUAGUUGGCCAACGUCAAUUAUUGAGAAGAGCCAAAGAAGCACAGUUAAAUGUAAUUUCAAAUUUAAAAAAGAGUACUACAACUGUAAGUGCAUCCUCUUCCUUAGUUAAUUUUCCAUGUACUUCAUA